AACAGCGCCAGUCUGUCAACAAACUGACACCUCACUCUUAAAGGUGUCCGUUGAAUGUCUACUAAUAUAUCAGAUUGAAUGACUUGCUACACAUCAAUGUAGAGAGAACCAAACCAGGCCGCCCUGUUCUUCUGCCACAACAGAGGUGUAGUGUGAGCUGGGCUCCGGGUGCAGGGAUGGGCCAGCAGCUCUCGGGCCAGACGAUGAUGACCCGUCUACCUGAGAAGCUGGUCAAACACGCGGGACUGGUGCGCGAUAGCAGCUACCUCACCUACGACGAGUUCCUGGGCAGAAUGGCCGAGCUUAAUGACGUGACUGCUAAACUGGCUGCUGGACAGCCAAAGCACCUGCUCUUUGAAGUCCAGACAGGUUCGGAUGCUACCGCCCUGUGGAAAGUAGCUGUGAAAAUAGUCUGUACCAAGAUAAACAAAGAGAACGGCAUGGUGGAGGCUUCACGCAUCAUGAACUUGUACCAGUUCAUCCAGCUCUACCGGGACAUCACCAGCCAGGCGGCUGAAGUGUUGUCAGCAGGGGGCGCCAGCGAGGGGCCCCCCGGCCAGCUCUCUUCGGCAGAGUCCUGCCAGGCCAGCAUGUGGAUGGGCAGAGUUAAACAAUUAACUGACGAGGAGGAGUGCUGUAUCUGCAUGGACGGAAAAGCUGACCUCAUCCUUCCUUGCGCACACAGCUUCUGUCAGAAGUGCAUUGACAAAUGGAGCGGACAGAGCCGAAACUGUCCAAUAUGUCGCCUGCAAGUGACAGCCGCCAACGAGUCGUGGGUCAUGUCUGAUGUACCCACUGAGGAAGACAUCGCUGGGUACAUCCUCAACCUGGCAGACGAGGCAGGUCACCCGCACAUACCUUAAGCUCAGCACUAAGCCACUUUAACUGUAGAGACAGAGCUGUGUCAGACAGUGUAGUGCUUAUUGAGGUUCAAGAACUUUGGGUGCAGUGGAUUCCGAUUUCCUGGUGUGAUGUAACCAAUGGACUGUCUCUAGAAGUGCAAACCCCUCCCAUACAUCUUACCCGAUUAUUGAAAUCAAAUGCACCUGAAUCACUUGAGAAUAAGUCGUAUUUGUUGCCGGGGUUUAGAGACAAAUCGACAUUGUGAAUGGUUUUUCGGUUUGGGAAUAUCCUGUUAGCGCUGACAUUCUUCCUGCUGCGCUGUCUUCUCCACUGUAUGCAAUAACUACUGGCAAUGUAUAACUUUUGAGUUAUCCUUUUUGUACAUUUUCCAUAGUUUCAAAGUCAUUUUUACCAGAUUUCUUUAAAACCUAGAUGUGGAUAUAAACUUAGAGGUACCUGUCCUAAUCUAAAGUGUAAAACUACUGCAGUGUCAUGGUUUUUGGUUGCCUGGUUAUUCAAACUUUUAUAAGUAAUUGCACUUUGAAUUCUAAAUACCAGUAGAUGUUUUGUGUACAAUUUAAGGCAGCUUUUGGAACUGGACACAAAACUGUCUUGUAACACCUAAAUCUAUCGUGAUCCAUUUUCAUUAUACACUGUGUUCUAUUGGUUCACUUUCAGCAGCUGUGAUAUGUGAUAAUUGACUUAAUGGAUACUUUAAUUUUGUUCAGGUUGACAAAUAUAUUAUCUUUAUACAAAAUUAAGAGGUUAUUUCCUAAUUAGUUUCUAUUUCUUUUCAUGGCAUUAGAAUUAUUUACUGCACUUUUUUGACAAAUGAAUGAAAUGAAUGGAUUUCCCUCUAACAAUUGCCUAAUAACUAUAUUAAAAAACAUUGGGGAAUUGGGUAGAAAAACAAGAUACUUUGUGUAAACAAAUGAUUAUUAAUUAGAAUAUAUAUAUUUUUUGUAUAAUGUCAAAAAAAAGAAUAUAUAUAUAUGAGUUCACAUAUCUAUAGGUAUGGUUCAUAUAUCUAUGGAUAAAAAUAUCUUUUAAAACUGAUCAUUAAAACCUAGGGAUGGUUUCUGUAUUGUAAUCCUCAGAGGGGUUUUCCAGACACAAGCUCAGCAGGUUUGAUUUUUCAUUCAAAUUAUUUUUUUUUAAAUUAUUUUUUACUAUGAUUUAAUCUAUUAAGCAUUUGCAAUAGGUGUAACAAAUAAAAACACUAAUAUUUGAAUUUAUGUACAACAGUAAUGAGCUAUUCAAUGUUCUUCAUACAACUCUUGUGCACAGAAAAUAUUUUGCUGCCACUUUUCUAGGUUGUAGCAUCUACUUUUUACCACUGUGUGCAAGCAACCUCUGCCUUGAUUUGUUGGUAAGAAAUAUCCAAGUAUGUGACUGUAUAUAAUGCUGAAAGUGAUCAUUACAGAUAUAAAACAUAAUCUACAUAAUUCCAUAUUGCUGUGUUAUGCCUAAUAAAUAAAUAUCCACUGGUG